UAUAUAUAUUUAUAACGCCUCUAAUGAUGAAAGAAAGUCACAAAAUACAUGCCACAUGAGUCCUCUUUUCCCUCAAAACUAAAAAGCAGCGUGAGAAACGCACUUGGAAAUUAAAGAAACAAAAAAUUCCAAAUCCAAAGCGCACUUGCUUUGCUUCAGUGCGUACCCACCUCCCCCCCACUUUGCUCAACUUUUCAGCAAAAUACUUUGAAAUUUCCAUCCCAAUACUCUCCUCAUAAUCCCUUCAUUUCUCUCCAAAAUGGCCAUGAUGAACACCAAACCAAAAAAGGCAAUUUCUUCUUCCCACUCCAAUCUUUGUACCACACUCUUUUUCAUUGUCCUCUUCACAAUCCCGGCCCUUUUCCUUCUCCACACCCCCACCACUACCUCAAUCUGCACCGCCUUCGCCGCCUCCCACGCCAAGCCAUGGUCCGGGGACCUCCUCGCGGCCGAGUUUGCGUGGAACCGCCUCGCCUUCUCCGAGCCAAGCCCCCCUCCUCUCCGCCUCAAGAUCGCCGUGUUCUCCCGGAAAUGGCCCGCGGGGACCACCCCGGGCGGCAUGGAACGCCACGCGCACACCCUACACACCGCGCUCGCCCGCCGCGGCCACGAAGUCCACAUCUUCACCUCCCCGCCUCCGUCUCCGCUCCCGCCGCCGAGCGAGGGCGGCGAGAGUCCAUUAAUGAGUCUACCACUUUUACACUACCACGAAGGCGAGCCCGGGCGGUGGCGGUACAACAAGGCGUGGGAGCAAUUCCAGCAACAUGAGAACGACCACGGGCAUUUCGACGUGGUCCACUCCGAGAGCGUGGCGCUUCCUCAUUGGCUGGCGCGUAACGUCGAAAACCUGGCGGUGUCGUGGCACGGCAUAGCUCUGGAGAGCUUGCAGUCGGACAUCGUCCAAGACCUUACGCGCAAGGCCAACGAGGCCAUGUCCCCUGCCUUCAACCAAAGCGUCCGAGGAGUCAUUCCAAAGGUACUGAACGAAAUAAGGUUCUUCCACAACUAUGCUCAUCACGUUGCUAUAAGCGAUAGCUGCGGCGAAAUGCUAAGGGACAUGUACCAAAUCCCCAAUAGAAGAGUUCACGUUAUUCUCAACGGCGUCGAUGAAGAUGACUUUGGGGUUGACAAAAAAUUAGGUCAAGAUUUCAGGUCCAAAAUUGGUGUACCAAGAAACGCUAGCUUAGUCCUCGGUGUGGCCGGGAGAUUAGUGAAGGACAAAGGCCAUCCUCUACUAUAUGAAGCAUUCUCAAUUCUUAUGCAGAAGAGAUCCGACGUGUAUCUCAUUGUGGCUGGAUCGGGCCCGUGGCAGAACCGGUACAUGGACAUCGGGCCCAAUGUCAUAGUAUUGGGCUCCAUGAGCCCAUCUGAGCUCCGAGGCUUCUACAACGCCAUUGACAUUUUUGUGAACCCAACUCUUAGACCACAAGGACUAGACCUUACCCUAAUGGAGGCAAUGAUGAGUGGGAAAGGCGUUAUGGCAUCAAGAUUUGCGAGCAUUAAAGGGAGUAUUGUGGUUGAUGAUGAGUUUGGGUUUCUGUUUGCGCCCAACGUGGAUUCUUUAUUGGAGGCAUUGGAAAGGGCUGUGGAAGAAGGGCCCACAAGGCUGGCCCAGCGUGGGAAAGCGUGCCGCAAUUACGCGUCUUCCAUGUUUACCGCGAGGAAGAUGGCAUUGGCGUACGAGAGGUUGUUUCUUUGCAUUAAAAAUGCUUCAUUUUGUUCCUACCCUUAGCCAUAGAUCUUGUCUAUACAUAUAUAUAUAAAUACACACAUAUCUUUUUCACUUUUGACUUUGAGUUAUUUUUUGUUAUUUUAAUUCCUUUAUAUGGAUUGAUCUCUCUCCAAAAUUUAUAUAAAUCAGUGGUUUGACGCAAGUGCUGUGCACACGUG